AUAAAUUCUCUGGAUGACAAGCCUUUAACCAAAUAGUCGAGUACUUGAGUAUUUUUGCAUUUUAUUGCUUAGCAACAUUUUAAUUCUAAUCUCCAUUAAGAGUUUGCCUAAGGCCAUUCUUAUCUUGAAUAGCCCGGUCUCCUGAACACAGAUAAUGUUUUUCAGCCUUUGACCUUUCAGAGUAUUUUUCCUGCUCGCUUUGGCUUCUUGUAAACCUAACACUGAUGCAAAAGCUGAGAUCUCAUAAAAAGACCUAGGAGCAAAGUACUAGAACUCUUGAGGAAGGAGAAGCAUCUCACAGCUAACACAGCUGGGGAGACUGAGGACGGCAAAAGACGCAGACGAGAGGCAGAUCUUGACAAAAUGGAGCUUGAGGACCACAGAGGAUAUUCAGAGGAGGUAUCUUUAAAACCAGAAGAAUACGUGAAGAAAAAGACCGUCUGGAAAUACAAAGUCAUCUGUGCUGUUCUGCUGUGUGCUUUUGUGGUUGUAUCUCUGGGACUAGGUUUAGGACUAGGACUCAACCAUGGAAACCAGGAGCAAGUCAGCUGCAGACACAAGUGCGGUGAGCCACACAGGAAAGGCGUGCCCGGCUGCCAGUGCGACAGCGGCUGCAAGGAGCGUCAGGACUGCUGCUGGGACUAUGAGGACACCUGUGUGGAGCCAACCCGAUCUUGGAAGUGCACUAAUUUCCGUUGUGGUGAGACAAGAAUACUUGGAAGUUACUGUUCUUGUUCUGAUGACUGCUUGCAGAAAAAAGACUGCUGUGUAAAUUAUUACAGCAUUUGCAAAGGUGAAACAUCUUGGGUAGAAGAGCCAUGUGUGUCAACUGAAACUCCUCAGUGUCCAGUCGGAUUUACUCUCCCACCGCUUAUCCUUUUUUCAAUGGAUGGGUUUAGAGCAGAAUAUUUGGAAACUUGGAUUUCUUUGCUGCCAAAUAUUAAAAAACUCAAAACAUGUGGCACACAUUCAAAAUACAUGAGAGCUGUUUACCCCACAAAAACCUUCCCAAACCACUACACUAUUGUCACAGGAUUGUAUCCAGAGUCUCACGGUAUCAUUGAUAACAACAUGUAUGAUGUAAACUUGAAUGCUCAUUUCUCACUUUCAGGGGAGGAAAAAUUCAAACCUGAAUGGUGGAAAGGGCAACCAGUCUGGCUGACAGCAAUGUACCAAAAUCUGAAAGCAGGCACCUUCUUUUGGCCAGGCUCUGACGUUCCAAUUGAGGGAAAGUACCCUACCUUGUACACCAUAUACAACGGUUCGUUUCCAUACGAAGAGAGGAUUUCAGGAAUACUGAAAUGGCUUGAUAAUGCCCAACCUGAGAGGCCUGAUAUAUACACUUUAUAUAUUGAGGAACCAGAUUCUUCUGGACAUUCAUUUGGACCAGUUAGUGCUGGUGUAAUCAAAGCCUUACAAGCAGCAGAUCAAGCACUGGGCAUGCUCAUGGAUGGACUUAAGCAAAGAAACCUGCACACGUGUGUAAACCUCAUUGUUUUAGCUGAUCAUGGGAUGGAGAAGACCUACUGCGAACAGUUUGAAUACAUGACUAAUUACUUCAAAAAGGUGGAUUUCUACUUAUAUGCUGGGCCUGCAGCUCGCAUUCGAGCACAGAAUGUUCCACAGGACUAUUUUACCUUUGACUCAGAAGAAAUCGUUAAAAACCUCACAUGCAGAAAAUCCCCUCAGCACUUCAAGCCCUACCUGACCCCUGACUUGCCCAAACGAUUCCAUUAUGCUAACAACAUUCGAAUUGACAAAGUUCAUCUUUUGGUGGAUCGACAGUGGCUGGUAGCGAGGGCUGAAAGUUUCAGUUCUUGUGGUGGAGGUGACCAUGGCUAUAACAAUGAAUUUAAAAGUAUGGAGGCUAUAUUCUUAGCAUAUGGACCAAGCUUUAAAGAGAAAACAGAAGUGGAUGCUUUUGAAAACAUUGAGGUUUACAACCUUAUGUGUGAUUUGCUGCAUAUAACACCAGCAGAAAACAAUGGAACACAUGGCAGCUUGAAUCACCUCUUAAAGAAACCUUUCUACAAUCCUUCACAUCCAAAGGAAGUCUCGUCUCCCUCUUUAUGUCCAGUUUCCACUCUGACUCCUGCAGACGACCUGGGAUGCAAUUGUAUGCAAAAUAUGUCAGCACAAGAAGUACAACUAAACAAGAGGUUAAAUCUCACCACAGAAGAAAUAAAGAACGCAAACUUAUCUCAUUUGCCAUAUGGGAGACCCAGAGUUCUUCAGGAGAAAAAUGUCUACUGCCUCCUUUUCCAUCAUCAGUAUGUGAGUGGAUACAGCUAUGGUAUCUGGAUGCCACUGUGGACUGCAUACACUGUGAAAAAGCCUGAAAACACAUCUCCUCUUCCUCCCACUGUUUCAGACUGUCUGCGGCCUGAUGUUAGAAUCCCCGUUGCUUGGAGCCAAAAUUGUUCUGACUACCCAGAAGAGCUGAACUUGACCCACAGUUUCCUCUAUCCUCCCAAUUACAAUUCAUCUGAUUUUGAACAGUAUGAUGCCUUACUCACCAGCAAUAUUGUUCCCAUGUAUAGAGCUUUCAAAGACAUAUGGGACUAUUUCCAUAAUGUGCUUCUUCAGAAGUAUGCUAGAGAAAGGAAUGGGGUAAACGUUAUCAGUGGACCAGUGUUCGAUUACAAUUAUGAUGGCCAUUUUGAUAGCCCUGAUGAAAUUAAGCAGUAUGUAAACAAUACAAAAAUCCCUGUCCCAACCCAUUACUAUGUGAUUCUGACAAGCUGCAAGAACACAUCCUAUACUCCACUGAACUGCUCAGGGUCCUUGGAUGCUUUGUCUUUCAUCAUUCCUCAUAGACCUGACAACUCUGAAAGCUGUGCUGAAAAUAAGACACUGGCCGAAUGGGUUGAAGAAAGAGUUCAGGCUCAUUCUGCACGUGUUCGGGAUGUGGAGCUGUUAACUGGGCUUGACUUUUACCAGGAAAGAAAUGAAUCCGUCUCUGAGAUCUUGCGGCUAAAGACAUUUUUGCCAAUAUUUCAGACUGAAUGAUCAUCUUUGAAAAAGGGGUCAGUGCUUGGAAGAAAGAAAAUUUAAGUGAUUUCACUUAUUUCCUUGCUUAAGUAUGUGGGAGUAUUUUUUAAAUUUGUGUUUUUCAGUCAAGUUUUUUGUGCCAACAAAAUUUGAAUAAAAGUUAUACAUAAAAUUAUCCAAAGUGAAUUGAAUCAUGGUUGAGCCAGGCUUUCAAAACACAGAAUAUAUUUUUAUUAUGUAAAAACUAAUAUAUGAUAUUACUAUAAAAAUACAUGACAUUUGUUAUUUUAUAUUAUAUACAUGAUACUAGUAGUAAUGAUUAAACAAAAAUGCAAAAGGAACAUAUUUUAUACUACAGAGACACCAGAAUUGUAAAUAGUAUAUAAAAUACUUGUACAAUGGAGCUGAAAAAUUAAAUAGCUUAAGAGGAGUGUGUGUGGUUUUUCCCUUGUGUUUAUCAGAGAGGUUAUGGUUCUCUAACACAAGCAUGUCCUCAAAUGUUCUGAAUUUCUCUUUCUCACCCAUUAAUUCACAUGGAAACAUAUUCAGAGUCACAAAAAGUUUGUAUGUAGUGCAAAUGAUCAUCACCUGUCUUUUCCACUUGGAUUAAUUCAUUAUGCUAGUAACAAGUGAAGUGAAUGAGUUAUAUUCUUGUACCCUUCAGAAAUCUUAAACUAUUCUGAACAUGAAGAGGUAAAAGAAAUUCUCUACACAGAAGUAUUUUGUCUUGAUAUUUGCCUGUAUUUGCAAUGGUUUACAAAUGCUUGGUGAUGACGAAAUGUUUGUGUCUAUUUUUAAAUAGAUAAAUUUGAGAUUAGAGCACAGAAUUAGUAGUAACAUCCAAAAUAAAUAGUUACUCUUUCUGUAGAGACUUUGUACAUAGAUACUCUGUAACACUGUGCUGUACAGAGAUUAUUACUGAGGACAGGUAAAUUGGACAAGACAGUGGAAAUUCCCAGAUUAUGCUAACACAAAAAUGUCACCCAGUAAUAGUGACACCCAAUAAUAAAAAAUGUCACCCGGUAAUAAAUGUUGAGAUGAGCUACUCCGCUACAAAUGUUUCUGAGUGCAUUUUUGAAUAACAUGAUAUUCAUGAAAGGAAAACAGCAGAAAAUUGACCAUUUGAUUUAUAGGCACAGUGGUGGCAUUUUAAAGAAACAUGUCAGAGUGUGUUUCAAUAUGUAAAAUUAACUAUGGACUGAAGGAGCUAUGCCUGUUUAAAGAAGGAAACUUUAAACUUCCAACCUUUCCUGCACAAAAAUCCAAACCCACCACAGGGCAUUUUUUUCCCCAAGUCCCCAAGAUGAUCAGUGUAUGCCCACACACCAGAGUUUAGCAAAACUGAUCUUAAAAUCAUGAUAUGGGACCAAAGGGAACAUAAAGAUUUUUAUCUCAGUGAAACCAUUACAGCAUCACAGAGUUAUAGUUGGCCACCCUACAGUGUUGCGACAUCUAAGUCUGCCCACCUAAAUCAGAGACUUCUGAUAAACUGCCCCAAUUAAGAACACAACUGUUUUUUUCACUUCAUGGUAAAUCAUACCCUAUCUCAAGAAGAAAUAUCUAUGCUCUUACUGUAGAAGAGUGGGACAAAAGAACAGUGAUUAAAUGUAUAAAAUAGAUUUGGUUUAUUUUACUUUGAAAUGCUGAGAAAUUCAAAAGUUAAAGUAAC